AUGCAGUUCUCGGCUCUCCUUAUGCCCGCCCUUGCGGCCUUGGCCUCGGCCCAGAGUACCACUGUGAUCAGUAUUUUCGAAGCUUUCGACAAUGACUCCCCCUAUAGUGUCACCGCCUCUUGGUUAACAAGCCUUGGUGCCAGUAUCGCCGGCGUCAAUGCGGACCAGACCACGUUGGAAGUUGCCUGCAUGAGCAACGCGCCCACGUCCGACUGCCAACUUGACUCACCACUCACCAUUAUUGCCGGCCCUGCCACUUUGAGCUACUCUAAGCCUCUACCUGUUGUCCUCGGUUAUACGACCGUAACCGUCACCCAGGACGUCCAGUGCUCGUUCACCCACAAGACUGAAUCUGCGGUGUGCACGAACAGUGAGAACUUGACAUACAAAGGCGAGUCUACCUCGACCGUGACCACCAAGACCGUCCCUGCAAGUGACAUCACCUGGAUGCCGGUCACUGUUACUGCCGGUCUUUCCAAGUUGAACUCCCCGCAGGCUACGGAGACGGCCGAUGCUGCUGUUGGCCCUCAUCGGCCUAUGAUCACUGCUGCUCCGCUCGGUGCUGCUGCUGCCCUAGCUGUUGCCGCUCUCUUUUAG